AUGAAGAGCCCUACACCGCGUGGCAGAGGCCAGCUUAAGGACAAAGACGACCUUGACCGUAUUGCGUCUCCUAACGCUAGGCUUGUUUCUGGAAGAAGAGUCAACAGAGAGAAGGAACCUUUGCUCCAGCGCCUGAGUGAUAUGGAGCAGGGCAACUCGUCGUCGCUGCACCUCAAGGCUGCUAGGAGACCUAUUGACGCUGAAUUACUCAGUCUUAGAUCUCAUCCUGGCGAAACAUCAACUCUGAUGGACCAGUCGUAUAGUAUUGACGUCCCGCCUAGACGUGGGGAGAGAGUCCUACAACACCAGGGGUCGCUGAUAUCUGAGUACACGCCAGCAUUGAGACACAACCAGCCCAAGUUUUCCGUUUUGCUUCCUUACUACCUUCCCAUUUUGUCGUGGAUCCACGAGUACUCGUUCUCUCACUUUGUGGGGGACCUUAUAGGUGGUGUCUCGUUAGCGCUGUUCCAGAUCCCGCUUGCUAUUUCAUAUUCUAUCUCGUUGGCUAAACUGCCGAUCACUACGGGUUUGUACUCGUUGGGUAUUUCCCCGUUGAUAUACUGUAUCUUUGGCUCUGUUCCCCAGAUGAUUGUGGGUCCAGAAGCUCCCAUUUCGUUGAUCGUGGGCCAGGCAGUGGAACCGCUCUUGCACCACGCUAAGAAGAAGAACAUCGACCCAGUUAUUUAUAUCUGUGCUAUCACUUUUGUCAGUGGUGCUACUUUGCUUGGUUUUGGGAUUGCCAGGUUUGGGUUCCUUGAUAAUGUGCUUUGUGAGAGUCUCUUGAAGGGAUUCAUUUGUGGUGUGGGUAUUGUCAUGAUUAUCAACUCCUCCAUUUCAAUGCUUGGCCUUAAUGGUAUCUUGGACGACGUAAUAAACGAUCUGGACGACAUGGACAUUCACUCGCCUUUUGACAAGGUGCGUUUCUUGAUGUACCACUAUAAGGAUUCUCAUGCCUUGACGAUGAAGGUUAGUUUCGUUGCCUUCUUUGGCGUCAUGGCUAUUCGUAUCUUCAAGUCUCGUGCCUCAAAGUCCCAGUCCCCUAGAUGGAGGCUCGCUAUCUACAUCCCGGAGAUUUUGAUAGUUGUGCUUGUAUCUACUAUCUUGUGUAUGAAGUUCCGCUGGAACCGCAUGGGUCUUGAUAUAGUUGGAGCUCUUGAAGAUGUUACCAACGAUAUCCAUCUUUAUCAUCCAUUCUCUGAAAAGAUGUGGCCUUUGAUGCGCCAAUUAAGUUCGUCUGGCUUCACCUGUGCCAUGCUUGGUUUCUUCGAAUCAACUACAGCUUCAAAGUCCUUGGGCUCAAGAUACGACUUGCCAAUUUCUUCAAACCGUGAGCUUGUUGCUUUGGGUGCAAUCAAUAUUGCAGGUUCAUUCUUGGGUGCGUUACCAGCCUUUGGAGGCUACGGCAGAUCAAAGGUAAAUGCCAUUUCAGCAAAGACGACUGUUUCUGGAGCAAUCAUGGGUUUAAUAUCAUUGGCAACCCUCAGCUCUGUGCUUGAGUACUUGCAUUAUAUCCCCAAGAGCACCCUUAGCGUUAUCACAGCCGUUAUUGGUAUUUCUCUUAUCACUGAGGUUCCAAAAGAGCUCUACUUCCACUGGAUCAGUAAAGGAUAUGAUGAGCUAAUAACCUUCUUUAUAACCGUCUUGACGACGCUCUUUUUUUCAAUGGAAGCUGGUAUAGCAGUCGGUUUGAUCUAUUCAUUACUCAGAGUUAUUCGCAAUUCGGCGGAAUCUAGAAUUCAAAUCUUGGGUCGGGUUCCCGGUACCAAUACCUUCCUCGAUGCUGACCUUCAUCUGCAAGCUUUUGACGAUGGCUUCGAGGACUAUAUUCCACCAAAGAAUGAUGACGAGAACCCUGGAAUCCCUCAGCUCAACUUAUUCACAGAUAACUUCAGACCGCUUAAUUUUCAAGCACUUGAAGAGAUUGAAGGAUGCUUGAUUAUUCGAAUCCCCGAGCCCUUAACAUUCACUAAUGCCAGUGAUUUACGAGCUCGACUCAAACGUGUGGAGAUGUAUGGUUCCGUCAAGGCGCAUCCUGCUCUGAAAAGAAGCAGAGACAAAUCCAUGACCAAGUAUAUGAUCUUUGAUUUAGAGGAUAUGAUUUACUUGGACUCGUCCGCCGCCAAUAUUCUCAAGACUUGGCUUGCUGCGCAUCAAGAUAAAGGCAUUCGCUCAUUCUUUGUGAGGGUGACGAAGACACCAAAGUUGAGAAAGAGACUCAAGAACACGGGCAUCAAAGACAUUCUUACACAUAAUCUCAACUCAAUGAGGUAUAAAGAAAUCCAAGACCGGUCCUCGCUUUCUCAUAACCCUAGUCUGGAGACCAAUGUUGACGAUUUUUCCAUGAGCGAGUCCGAAGCUGAUGAAAUAAGACCGAUUACGGAAAAGCCAGGCUCGCCAUACUUUGAACACAUUCGUUCAGCACUCAAACUCAUUGACGCAUAUGAGCAACUCGAACUUUCAGGCUUUUCUGAAGUUGUUUAG